UGAUUCUUUCCUCGUCUACUACUCUACUCCACCGUCCCCCCCCAACUUCCCUUCCUUCCUUCCUUCAGUUCUUUCUCUCUCCUCUCUUUCUCUUUCUCUCUCUCUCUCUCUAAAUCUUUCCGUCGCAAGAGCACGGACUCCGAAGUACAGACAAAAAACAUACAUAAACAAGAAAACCAAUUUUUUAAGAUUGUAUAAAAACAGGAAACCAAGAGAGAAAACUCUCUCUCUCUCUUUCUCAUCUCUCCGUUUCUCUCUUAGUGAGAGAGACUUCCCAUGGUGGUUGUCACUUCUUCUCUCCGCGUCUGUUGAAUUGGAGCCUUUCUUCGCCGGCGAGAGAAAACGAGGAUAUCUUGGAUGUUGUUCUGCUUCAGAUGAAACUACUUGUAAAUGAGCAAUUAUGAUGUAAAAUAACUUUAGGGUCGCCAACUCCAACAAUAUAUGAUGUCACUGUUGUUUGCUUAGUAUGUUGUCAAAUAAUUCAAGUGUGUUGAAAAGCUUUUCUUUUGUUUAGUAGAGAUUGAUAAUUGCGGGAGAUCUGGGUUUUAUUGCUUUUAGCGUGGUUGUUUUGACUUCGCUAAUUUGAAGCAUAAAUAACGCGAAUCAAAAGAAGUGAGAAUUUCACAUUUGAUGGGUAAUAAGCUUGGAAGGAGAAGGCAGGUAAUUGAUGAGAAGUACACAAGGCCUCAGGGACUUUAUCACCAUAAAGAUGUGGAUCAUAAGAAGCUCAGGAAGCUCAUACUUGAGUCUAAGCUUGCUCCAUGCUAUCCUGGAGAUGAAGAAUGCACCUGUGAUCUUGAGGAAUGCCCAAUUUGCUUUCUGUAUUAUCCAAGUCUCAACAGAUCAAGAUGUUGCAUGAAAGGAAUUUGUACAGAGUGUUUUCUGCAGAUGAAGGUUCCAAACUCUACCCGUCCCACACAAUGUCCCUUCUGUAAAACCUCUAAUUAUGCCGUGGAAUAUCGGGGUGUGAAAACAAAGGAAGAGAAGGGCCUUGAGCAAAUAGAAGAACAACGAGUAAUAGAAGCUAAAAUUAGGAUGCGGCAGCAAGAACUCCAGGAUGAAGAAGAAAGAAUGCAGAAAAGACAAGAAUUGGAUUCUGGAAGGAGAAACGUUGAACCAGCUGAGGUGGAAGACAACACAGUAAAUGAAGUUCCAUCGUCUACAUCUCCCGUUGUGCGUGAUGAAAUCGUUUCUUCUCAAGACUCCUAUUCUGCAUCAAUGUUCAGACCACCUCCGCCAUUGAGGGCGCACAGGGAGGAUGAAUUUGAUCUGGAUCUCGAGGAUAUAAUGGUCAUUGAGGCAAUAUGGCUUUCCAUUCAGGAGAGUGGCAGAAAUAAAACAUCAAAUAUUGUCGACGCCCCUUCAUCAGGACAAUAUGUUACAGAAGAUUGCUAUGUCUCACCGUCAUUGGCUCCAGUUGCGGGAUCAUCAUCUUCAUCAUCACCAUCCGGGGGUCUUGCUUGCGCAAUAGCUGCCCUGGCGGAGCGCCAGCAAAUGGGUGGAGAAUCCUCCACUAACCCCGGAGGUAAUGGGUCAGCAUUCAAUAUGGUUCCAGGCGCUAGCAGGUUCUACAACAGAGCAGACAGAGACGCUGAAACUUAUCCACCUGCAGUGAACUCCACUGCCGUAUCACCCAAAUGCGCAAUGGCUCUGCCUAGGGAUGACAGAGAAUGGAAUAUUGAUCAUGGAUCAGAGGUGGCUGAAGCAGGGACCAGCUACGCAAGCUCUGAUGCAGCAGAAGAUGCUGGCAGCAUGUCGGCAUUACCGCCGCCCAAUCAAAUUGAGGGCAACCUUCAAAAUGUUCCGGAGCCCAUUGUUCCCGAGAGCUUUGAGGAGCAAAUGAUGCUGGCUAUGGCCCUCUCUCUUGCUGAGGCUCGUGCCAUGGCCGGUGGACAGGGAGUUACCUGGCAGUAGUUCUAUGUCAUGUUAAUGGAGAUGUUAAACUUCUCAAUCAGAUGAUCUGCCCAAGUUCUCUGAAACUUGAGAUAGAGCAACUGCACAAGAAGGUGCACGAAACUUGUUUGAAAGUCAUCUAGUCAAGUCAAGGUAGUGAUGAUUCUCUCUCUCUCUCUAUAGAUUGAAAGAAAACAGAAUAUUUUAGUAAAUGAAAGGCUUCGCAUUUUCCUACUUUCAAACAUUGAGCCUAAUGAUUCUUUAUAAUUCAGCUCGCUUGCGAUUCCCUUGGAAAUGUUUUCAUUUCUUUCCACGUUCAGCUAUAAUGCUUCUUUAUAAUGUCAGUCGAACUUAUUGGGAAAGUGGUUCUUAAGGGGAAUAAUAGAUAUUACAAGUCGGAAGCUUUCAUUCAAGUUAUUGUGGUAUUAGUCGUCGGCAACGUCGAUUCCGUGUGAUACA